AUGAUAUUAGAUUUAUCGAAGGUAUUUGAUAGCGUACAUCACCCAACAUUGCUUAACAAGCAAAUACACAUUGGCGCAUCUCCUGAGGUAGUGAAGUGCUUCGAAAGCUACUUAACGGGCAGAUCACAAUUUGUCCGUACUGGAACGUCUGUUUCGUCAUCUCUUGACAUCACUCACGGGGUUCCACAGGGUGCUAUUUUAUCUCCACUCUUGUUUAGCAUCUAUGUAAACGAGUUACCAUUGGCCCCACGUCACAGCUCCCUUAAUUCAUAUGUUGAUGAUUCAAAGAUGUUCUUGUCAUUUCGUGUUAAAGACGCGACUGACACAAAAGAGUACCUUCAGGAAGAUCUCAGCCGAGUAGCAAAGUGCUGCUCUGCAGAACAUCAUCUACUUAUUAACCCGGAGAAAACCAAGUAUUUACUUAUUGGAACGCGACAACAGUUACAAAAUCUCCCUACAGAUAUGUGCCUAAAUUUUCUAGGUGAAAUUAACUAUCAGGUCAGUUCCUUCAGCCAAGGAUUUAGGAUUAAUAAGGUACACCAACAUGUCAUACGAUUGCCAUAUCACCGAAUUAGUCUCCUCUUAGAUAGAUAGAUAGUUUAAUUAAAAGUUUACAUUGCAGCUUAUAAAUGCUGAAUUGCGUAAUUUAUUAUAUUUACAAGCUAUUAUAACACGAAUUUAAAAAUUACAUUAGAUGCUAAGGUUAGAUAUAAGACAGUUCAAGAAAAUUGUUAACUACAAAGGUCAAAUUGUUUUAAGACUUGCACAUCGAAGGAAUAAAAGUCCGCUUAAAGCGUUCAGUGCGUAUCAUUGGAAUAUCGAAGACUCGCUUCUUUCUAAUGUCGUGGUUUUCCUCUUGCAAAGGAGGUAGAAGAUUGUGUAACUUCCGGGAGAUUCCGAACUCUUGAUGGACGAGAAUAACUUGUCGCAUAACUUCGUACGUCUGUCUUUUAAAGUAAUUAAAUUAAACUUGUGCAGGUUAUGUUCAUAUGACUGGUUCGGUGAAAUGAUAGCCAGCGCUCCCUUUUGAACGUUUUCCAAGUCACCACACAAAUAUUUCAGGAGGGAAUGGUGGAAAAUCUGCGAACAGUAUUCCAACAGAGGUCUAAUACAUGUACAGAAAAAAAUUCGGAUGUCCGCAGUUGAUACUCUAGAACGUUUUAGUAAAAUUAAGAAGUACAUACGCUUAUUAGCUUUUCUAAUUAUUUCACCAAUAUGGACGUUCCACUGGAGGUCGUUUGAGAGGUUCAGACCUAAGAACUUUACAUGUUUUACAACACUGAGUAGGUUACCAUUUACUGUCAAAGGUUCGAAGACGUGUUUGGAACGCUUGAAGUCUAUGAUGAGUUCUUUGCAUUUCUUGGCAUUUAGCUGGAGUUUAUUUUCAGUGGACCACUUUUCAACUGAUGUAUCUGCGUCUUGGACUUGACUACUCGUUUCAAUCUAAACAACUUCUGAUAUGGUUGUGUCGUCAACGAAUUUCCAGCUACUAACAUCUUGGAUCUUUAGGUCAUUAAACAUAAGCAGGAACAGCCGCGGUCCUAAUUUGGUGCCUUGCGGGACUCCUGAAGGUACAUCUCCCCAUUCGGAAAAGCAGUCAUGUGAAAGUUUGACACGUUGUUUACGGUUCGUUAAGAAAUCAGCUACCCAGCGCGCGAUGCUCCGGGGAAUAUUUAGGCUAAGGAUUUUUUGUACCAGAAUUUGGUGGUCAAUUUGGUGGUCAACAUGCUUGACACCUCAAACAAUGCCACAAAGAAUUUAAAUUCAAUCAUGGAAUUAUAUCAAUUAUCGCAAACGCAGGGCCCGCGGAGCGUAUUAGAGAGUGGGGGGGGGCUAAAUCAUCAAUAAAACCCCCAAGGAAAAUGUUCAAUUUUCUAUUACCUUAAACGCUAUUUCCUGCAUUUUUGGAGGAACUUUAGCAAAAAAUCUCCAAGACCAUCGUCAUAAAAAGUAACAAAAUUUAGACCUUUUACAGACUUAAGUAAAAAUAGUAAAAAUAAAGUAAAAAUAAAGGCAGUUUCAACUCCAUUGCGGAAACUUUGCAAAAACCAUGAAUAUAAAUAAUAAUUUCGUUUCGGAGCACGUGGCUGUGUUGAAGGGAACUUCAUGUAAGGUACACAUAAUGGGGUGCUUAGACUUUAUUCAUUUUAAUUAGAUGCGAAAGUUAAAAAUGCCUAGAAAAGGUUUAAUUAAUUUAGAAAGUUUCAUUUAGAUUUCUAUUUUAAUAAUUUUGGCUGUCAAACAAAGUGGGGGGGCUAAAGCUCCCCCCAGCCCCCCCGUCUCCGCGGUCCCUGAAACGAUAAACACACCCACCCGUGUGACCACGACCUCAUCCUCCCUAAUAGACGUUUGUCUUACUCCCACUCCAACUAAGUUAAUAACAUCGCAAGUAAUACCGAUUGCCAUUAGUGAUCAUUAUAUGAUCUUCGUUGUUCGUAAAAUAAAUAUCCAGCGCAAACAGAACAGUCACAAGAAAGUUGAAAUUCGUAAUUUAAAAUAUUUUAAUGCUGAGAGUUUUCAAGCUGACCUGCGUGGUCAGGAAUGGGAAUUAUUAGAUAACAAUCUCUGCGUUGAUAAGAUGUGGGAGACAUGGAAAACACUUUUCGUACAAGUUCUUGAUAGGCAUGCCCCAAUCCGGGAAAAGAGAGUUAAAAGUAAACCAAAUGUUCCUUGGCUCACUAGUACAAUUAAAAAACAAAUCCACGAACGCGAUCGCCUUAAAUCUCUUGCUAUUAGACAUAAAUCCGAAAAUUACUGGAACGCAUACAAAACCUCUAGAAAUCGCGUAACUGAUGCAUUGCGAGAAACAAAAGCAGCAUAUUAUAAAGGAGAAUUUAAGAAAGUCAAACAUGAUCCCAAACAAGCAUGGAAAACUGUGAAUAAAAUCCUAAACCGUAAACAUGAAAGUAGAGAAAUAAAUUGUCUUGAAACACAGAGAGGACAAAUUUCACAUCCAACGGAGUUAGCGGAGUGUUUUAAUAAUUAUUUCACCAAUAUUGGUCCAGAUAUUGCCAAAAAUAUCGACAAUGGUGACAGAAAUUUCAAGGAUUACAUCACGACAACAACUAGUAGCUUUAAUUUUCAAACAGUGUCUGAGUCGAACGUAUACAGACUUCUGUUAUCUCUAAAUCCUCGUAAAUCUACUGGAAUUGACAAAAUCCCUGCUAAAAUUAUUCGCAUUGCUGCUCCUGUAAUUACAAACUCAUUGACAAAAAUUUUCAAUAUGGCCAUUAUAAGUUCAACUGUUCCUUUUGAGUGGAAAAUAGCAAGAGUCACUCCCAUAUUUAAAAACGGCCCACGAAACUUAUUAAACAACUAUCGCCCCAUUUCUAUCCUCCCGGUAGUAAGUAAACUUUUUGAAAAAGUAUUAUACGAACAACUCCAUGAGUAUCUUGUUACACAGGAGUUGUUGUCCCCUCGUCAAUUUGGUUUCAGGAAGUUUCAUUCUACAGCCUCUGCUCUUUUAGAUAGUACAAAUGAAUGGUUUAUUAAUAUGGACCGUGGUUUGUUUAAUAUAGCUGUUUUUCUGGACUUACAAAAGGCGUUCGACACCAUAAAUCAUGACAUCCUCUUAACGAAACUUGAUUUUUAUGGCCUACAGAAGCCAUCAUUAAACCUUUUAGGAUCCUAUUUAGCGAAUAGAACCCAAAUGUGCUCCGUUAAUGGCGCUCUGUCGGGCACGAAGUUGGUUACAUGUGGAAUACCUCAAGGUUCAAUUCUUGGCCCACUCUUAUUCUUGAUCUACAUUAAUGAUCUGCCUAACAGUUUGGAGUACUCGUCGACAAGAAU